CUUAUAUGCAUGUCAGAUAAACCUAAGAAGCAAUGGUGAAGUAUAAUUUCAAGAAGAUUACAGUUGUGCCUAAUGGAAAAGAGUUUGUUGACAUCAUCCUCUCACGCACUCAGCGCCAGACAGCAACAGUUAUCCACAAGAGCAACAAGACCAGUCAACUCCGUAGCUUCUACAUGAGAAAAGUCAAGUUCACACAAUCGAAUUUCGUUGACAAACUCUCCACCAUCGUCAACGAGUUUCCUCGCCUAGAUGAGAUUCAACCCUUCUACGAAAACCUUCUUAACGUCCUCUACGACAAGGAUCACUACAAGCUAGCUCUAGGUCAGCUCAAUACCGCCAAGAAGCUGAUCACAAGAAUCGGUAGUGAUUACGUGAAGCUACUCAAGUUUGGUGAUUCUCUUUACCGAUGCAAGUCGUUGAAAGUCUCUGCUCUUGGUCGUAUGUGUACUGUUAUGAAGAGAGUUGAUCCUAGUUUGGCUUAUCUUGAGGAGGUUAGGCAACACAUGGCGAGGCUUCCUUCGAUAGAUCCCAACACACGGACUCUCUUGAUUUGUGGAUGUCCUAAUGUGGGGAAGAGUUCUUUUAUGAACAAAGUUACAAGAGCUGAUGUUGAUGUUCAGCCAUAUGCUUUCACCACGAAGUCUCUCUUUGUUGGUCAUACUGAUUACAAGUGUUUGAGGUAUCAGGUGAUUGAUACACCUGGGGUUUUGGAUAGGCCAAUGGAAGACCGUAACAUCAUUGAGAUGUGUAGUGUCACUGCUUUCGCCUAUCUUAGAGCUGCUGUUUUGUUCUUUUUGGAUGUUUCCGGGACUUGUGGUUACAGCAUUGCUCAGCAGGCUGCUCUUUUCCACAGCUUGAAGUCUUUGUUCGCAAACAAACCGUUGGUGAUUGUUUGCAACAAGACUGAUUUGGUGUCUAUUGAAAGCUUGUCUGAAGAAGAUCUGAAGCUGAUUGAAGAGAUGAAGAGUGAAGAGGCUGUGGUUUUGAAUAUGAGUACUCUGACGGAAGAAGGUGUCAUGGCUGUGAAGAAUGCUGCUUGUGAGAUGCUGUUAGAUCAAAGGGUAGAGGAAAAGAUGAAAUCUAGACGUGUUAAUGACCACUUGAACAGGUUCCAUGUGGCUAUGCCGAAGCUUCGUGAUGACAAAGAGAGGCUACCUUGUACACCUCAUGUAGUUAUGGAAGGUGGUGAAAAGAAGAAGACUGAGAAAGAUUUGGAAGAUGAGAACGGUGGAGCUGGAGUUUAUUCUGCUUCUUUGAAGAAGAAGUACAUCUUGGCAGAUGAAAGUUGGAAGGAUGACAUCAUACCUGAGAUUUGUGAUGGUCACAAUGUUGCUGACUUUAUUGAUCCUGACAUUUUGAAUAGGCUUGAGGAGUUGACUAGUGAAGAAGCCCUCAGGCAGAAGGCUGAUGAAGAAGGAUAUGAGUUUGAGAUUGAAGGGGAGAAACUUACAGAGGAGCAGAAGAAACAGUUGGCUGAUAUUCGUAAGCGGAAAGCUUUGCUGAUUCAAGAGCAUAGACUCAAGAAGAGCAAUGCACAAAACAGAGCAACUGUUCCAAGAAAGUUUGACAAGGACAAGAAGUUUACAAGGAAGAGAUUGGGUAGAGACUUGUCAUCCCUUGGUCUUGACCCUACUUCUGCUAUGAACCGUGCAAGAAGCAAAUCCAGAGGCAGAAAGAGGGAGAGAGAUGCAAUGGAUGUGGAUAUGAACGAUGAGCAACAAAGUAACAAGAAGCUGUGCGUGAGAUCCAUAUCAAGAUCGAGAUCAGUGUCAAGACCUGCACAUGAAGUGAUACCUGGUGAAGGCUUUAAAGAUUCUUCCCAGAAGAUAAAGGCUAUUAAGAUUGGGAACAAGUCUCACAGAAUGAGGAAUAAAGCUGCACGUUGUGGAGAAGCUGACAGAGUUAUACCGACACUUAAACCAAAACACUUGUUUUCUGGUAAAAGAGGGAAAGGAAAAACUCAAAGGCGUUGAUACCAAAUAAUCAAAGGGGCCAGGGAAUAUACUCAUUAAGAUUUAUGAAGGGACUGAAGAAUAGCUGCACUUUUUUUUUUUUACUAUUUAUAUGUUGCUUUUAUAAGUUAAUGAACUCUUGGAGAUGGUUUUUUAGAUGAUUAUGAUUAUUGAUACUUUGUUAUAUGCUAUUUCGUUAUGGUUGUCUCAGUUCCAA